AUGGUCUCGCCCACUCCUUUCCGCGCUGCCGAGUUCCGGAGCGCCUACGGCCCCAAAUACCAGUUCCAGCCGAACCUCAACGGGAUGAACAAGACGGCCCUUACAAGACUCGGCUUCAGGACUGCCUUCUUCGGCGGUGCCGCCGGCGUCGCGGCCCUGCUCUUCGUUUCCGGCAUCCCCCGCGUCCGCCAAGAUGUGCUGCAGAAACUUCCCUUCGUCGGCAACUUGUUCAUCAAAGAGGAGCCUCCCGCCUCGGACAACCCUUUCUAA